UGUCUGUUUCUUUUAUGUGAUUUAAUCAGCAAAGAACGUGAUGCUUGAAUAUAGAAAUGGAACCCUUCUUCGUUAUUUUGGCCUAGCUGUACCUCAUGGAUAACUAUAACGACGAUACAACGCCAAUUGUUCCGAUCCAUUACAAUUUGGAGAUGGGGUCCUUAGAUGGAAGAGCAGUGAUUGAAUUUGAGGAUGAGAGCCUAGUUAGUCCUGCUGCUGCAUCAAUUUCUACAAACAAAAAUUCUUUUCAUGAGAUUACACAUAUAUCUUCUGCUACUUCAGCAAAAAAUUAUAAACAACACAUGAGGAAUAGUGUGAUCGAUAGCAUCAAGAUCGUAAUUUUCUCAGCCAAAAUCAACAUACUCAUGCCACUUGGCCCUCUAGCAAUCUUGGUUGAUAAAAUGUCUGGCAGUCAUGGUUGGGUCUUCUUUUUAAGCUUAUUGGGUAUUAUACCUUUGGCUGAACGUCUAGGUUAUGCUACAGAGCAGCUGGCUUGCUUUACUGGACCAAUAGUUGGAGGUCUUCUAAAUGCUACUUUCGGAAAUAUUACAGAAUUGAUAAUAUCAAUUUAUGCAUUGAAGAGUGGCAUGAUACGUGUUGUUCAACAGUCAUUACUGGGCUCAAUUUUGUCUAACAUGUUGUUGGUGCUUGGAUGCGCAUUUUUUAGUGGUGGAAUUGUGUUUUAUGAGAAGGAACAAGUGUUCGAUAAGGCAACUGCUUCAGUGGACUCUGGUUUGCUGUUAAUGGCAGUCAUGGGCCUACUAUUUCCCGCUGUCCUUCAUUCUACACACACAGAGUUACAUUUUGGGAAGUCAGAGUUAGCUCUUUCAAGGUUUAGUAGUUGUAUUAUGCUUGUGGCAUAUGCUUCCUAUCUUGCUUAUCAACUGAAGAGGCAGAAGAAUCAAUACAUUCCAGUUGAUGGGGGAGAGACUCAGACUGAAGAAGGUUCGGAUGAUGAAGAAGCUCCUGAAAUCUCUAUGUGGGAAUCAAUAAUAUGGCUAUCUAUUUUGACUGCAUGGGUUUCAUUCCUCUCAGAAUAUUUAGUUAAUGCCAUAGAGGGGGCAUCUGCUUCACUAAAAAUCCCAGUAGCAUUUAUCAGUGUUAUUUUGCUCCCAAUUGUUGGGAAUGCAGCAGAGCAUGCAGGUGCCGUUAUGUUUGCCAUGAAAGACAAGCUUGAUAUAUCUUUGGGAGUGGCAAUAGGCUCAUCAACACAGAUAGCUAUGUUUGGGAUUCCCUUUUGUGUGGUCGCUGGUUGGGUCAUGGGGCGUCCCAUGGACUUAAAUUUUCAACUUUUUGAGACAGCUACACUUUUUAUAACUGUUCUGGUGGUAGCCUUCAUGGUGCAGGAUGGAACUUCUAAUUACUUAAAAGGACUAAUGCUCGUUCUUUGCGACCUAAUAGUUGCUGCAAGUUUCUUUGUACAUAUAGACCCUUCUUCAAUUGCGGAUAAGCCCCCUAAACCAAGUCAUUGAGGACAUUGUAUUAUAAAGUGAAUCUGCUAAAGAUCAAGCUCCACUUUGUGCAGUGAUGAAGUGUUUUUGCAGAAACUCCCUAGAACAUUGUCAAUUCAUGGGUAAACUUUAACAAGGUUGAUAUUUGGAAGCUCAAGGUUUAUCUUGUCAGUGCAUAGCUUCCGACAUUGAACCAUUCCACGGUCCAAGUUUAAGGUGUUCUUUGGUGCACUUCUUUGAUGUGGUGGGCAAUGGAUACUUUCUUGUCCCUCACGGACAACUAAAGAAAAAUUGUUUGAAUAUAGGAUCUAGGUUUUACAUUGAAUUUCACAGGGUAGGAAUAGUUACCAUAUAUGGCGAUACUUUGAUCAUACCAAAGCCCAUUUUUGGCAUCAAUUCUACGAAGGAGCCAUUAACCUUGGAUGGCUUUGAGAUUGAGAAGCCUAGUUUUGGAAGAAGAGAAGAAGAGGUAGAAAAUAUUCCCAUGGACUUUGCUCCCUAUAGCAAUAACAAUGUGGUUGCAAUGAUGAGGAAAAUGAAUUAUCUUCCAGGGAUGAACUUAGGGAAGACUGUGAAAGAGGCAACUGCUCAAGUUCCAAUAAUUCCUACUGCCACACCACCUUUUGGGCUAGGUUAUAAACCUACUGAUAAUGACUUGUUAGAAAUGGAUGUGAGAAGAAUGGCCCAUGUAAAGGCCAAAGUAAAGGGACCUCCUUGUCCCCCGGAACCCCUAAAGCCUUACACUCCCACAUUGAACGGAAAAUUUGUCAAAGCUGGAGAUAGUCAACACUAUUGGAGAUUUCCUGAAUCGAGAUACGAUCCUGAGUUAAAGAUAAUGAAGCCUGGGUUUAAGUUAUUCUUUGAUUGUGACAACAAGCUCCCAGAAUCGAAGAAGGAAGACACAAAUUGGGUCCCGACUGAUUAGGCUAAUUACAUGGAUCCUGAUGCAAUGACCACGCUUUUGGGAGAUGCCAUCUACAAUAUAGAAAAAGAAGAGUACUAGGAGGCUUGCCAACAUGUAUUGAAAAGCCAAUAUGAAGCAAGAACAAAUGAUGAAGAUGAGGAAGGGGAGAAGCCCCAAUUAUAAGGAUGAAGGUAGAUACAAUAAGAAUAACAACAGUGAUAGUGAUAGUGACAACAGUAGUAGUGAAGACUAUGAUAACUAAUAUAGUGGCAAUGAUAGGGGAGAACCCUUUAGUGAUAGAGAGGAUGAAGAUGUUGGAUCUUUCUAUGAAGACCAUUUUAAUGAUGAUGUGGGCUACUAUGACGGAGAUCUGGAAGAUGAUACAAAAGCUGAGGAUGUAGAUAUAGAGGAUGAUGUAGAAGCUGAAGAUGAAGAAAAUGAUGUAGAAGCUAAAGAUGAAGAUAUAGAGAAUGAUAUAGAAGUUGAAGAUGAAGAUAUAGAGUGUUAGGUUCUAAAGACUUAGAAUUUAAUGUAUUUAGAACUCUAAUGUGUAUUGUUGGCAAACUAUGAUCAAAACAGGUUGUUUAGUCUUGUUUAGA